AUAGCAAGACCAACCAACCAACCAGAAGUUCUCAUCUAUCUUCUUUCCAAGCAAACAUAAAACUGAAACCACACCACCAAUCCAAACACAGCACAGCAACAGCCAAAAACCAACCUUUCGUUUCCUCUCUUCCAUUUCCACCUCUUGAUCAAUGGCCUCCUUAUCUCUCCUCUCCCCUCCCUCCACCUCCUCCUCCGCCUCCUCCUUCUGCCACAAUUCAUCUCCUCUCCUUUCCCUGCGCACCCGCUCGCUUACCAUACGCACCCCCAUCAAGACCUUCUCUAUCAGAGCUCAAUCCGCCCCUGUCCUCACUCAAGAUGACCUCAAAAAACUUGCAGCCGACAAAGCCGUCGAAUAUGUAAAAUCGAGCAUGGUUCUCGGACUCGGCACUGGCUCUACUGCUGCCUUUGUCGUUGCUAAGAUUGGAGAACUCCUAAAAUCUGGCCAAUUAACUGAUAUUGUUGGUAUACCCACUUCAAAACGCACCGAAGAACAAGCCCUCUCUCUAGGGAUCCCACUCUCAGUCCUCGAUGAUCAUCCCCGUCUAGACCUCGCUAUAGAUGGUGCAGACGAGGUCGACCCUGAUCUCAACUUAGUCAAAGGCCGAGGUGGGGCUCUCUUGAGAGAGAAAAUGGUGGAAGCAGCGUCUGAAAAGUUCGUGGUUGUAGCCGACGAGACGAAACUGGUAACGGGUCUUGGCGGGAGCAAGCUCGCAAUGCCGGUGGAGGUCGUGCAGUUUUGUUGGAAAUACAAUUUGGUGAGGUUGAAAGAGUUGUUCAAGGAAGAAGGGGUAGAAGCCAAACUAAGAUUGGAUGAAGCUGGCAAACCAUAUGUGACCGAUAACUCCAAUUACAUCGUGGAUUUGUAUUUCGAGAAUCCAAUUAAAGAUGCAUAUGCAGCUGGGAAGGAGAUUUCGUCUUUUGAAGGAGUGGUGGAACAUGGGCUGUUUUUGGAUAUGGCGACUGCGGUGAUUAUUGCUGGGAAGAGUGGAGUGGAGGUCAAGGCCAAGUGAUAUUUUCAAAGAAGGUAGUGACAAACUGAAUCGAUUGUCAUCUGCUGCUCUGCUAUUGUUGUUGUUAAUUAUUCUUUGUGGUGAUUUUGAGCUCUUUUAGUGAAACAUCUUUAGAUGGGCAUUGUCGAGGUGCUUGCUAGUAUGCAUUGUGGUUUAUUGGGCAACAUAUAAGGACUUUGCUCAAUUAGCAUAGGAAUGGAGAUGUGAAAAAAUGGGAAAUGAAUGAAUUUUUUCAUGCUUA